ACGGAGCUUUGUGAUGCUAGUCAAAUGUGCUGCUUACCUGUGGGUGUUAAAUGGCAUAUUCAGCUCUGAGACGUCAUUUCACGCCGUUUACGGUCAGAUGAAGCAUCCGUAGCCUGGGUGAGUGCUGAACCGUUCCGUGUUUGGCCUUUAGAAUAUUGUUUUCAAUCAUUCUGAAGUUGUUUCUAUUCAUAGAUGUAUAAUUUAGAAGCUAAUGUUGGUUUUUGAUGCAGCAGCGGUCCUGUGGCGACGUUUCAUCAGUCUGUCCACAUACUAGAGGCUACAGGAGAUCGAUAUGGGAAAGUUCCAGGAUAAAGUCUGUGUUUUAACAUGUUGGGCUCUGAUGGUAAUGUACAACACUGCAGAGCGACAGUAUGCCGUCGGGAAAGGCAGUCUGACCUGGAAUGGCGCCAGGAACUACUGCCAGGUCUGCUUCGAAGACCUGGUGACUCUGAGCCACGACAACAUCGAGGUGAUCGUCAAGAUGCUCAACUCUCAGCACUGGAUCGGCCUACGGAAGAGCUUCAACUCAACCAGCAACUAUACCAGUAACAGCACCAUGCCCUGGUCUCACUGGUCCAACGGGGAACCCCUCACCUUCCAGAACUGGUACCCUGGUUGGCCAAAGUUUGAACCCUCUGUCCCAGACAACGACUGCUGCGGCUGCUCAUGCAACGGCCCAGCAACAACAACCCCAACGAUGAGCAGCUUCACCGACAUCACCGAUCCGAAUGUGACCGACUUAACCACGUUCUGGGAAACCAGCACUGACAACAUGACUGUAACUGAAGAUUACGUGAACAUCACGAGCUCAGUGUUCACAGACACCACGUUCAUGACGAGCACACCACUGCCAACGCCAAAUGGUUACAUUGAGGACUCCUGUGUGGCCAUGUACAGCUUUGGGUCUUGGGUUGAAAAAGACUGCUCGGAGCAUCUGCCUUUUAUUUGUUAUGAAGAUCAUUUCUCUGGAUAUUUUAAAGUCAGCGUGACCAAUGUCACCUCAGACAACGCCACUGUGACGUGGCAGUGGGUGUCCGACAGAAUCAGCCAUUAUCGUGUGGCAGUCAAAGGCGUCAAAGACGACAAAGAAAUGACUGAGAAUAAAACUGAUCUGACCCACGACCUUGUUGGCCUCACACCAGGCACUAACUACGUAGUCCAUGUGUUCCCUUUUAAGUGUGGGAGAGAACUGAAGCCAGAGAAUUUCACUUUCUACACCGAGCCCAACAAAGUUCAAAACCUCACAAUCACCAACGUGACAGAAAGAUCCAUCCAAGUGAACUGGAGCAAACCAGAUGGAAAUCUGGAUUUCUAUGUUAUUAGGGUUGGUGAUGAGCAAUUAAACACUACCACAGAAGGUAUAGAAGUUGCUGGUUUGACGCCUGGAACCUCUUACACAUUGUUUGUCCUCUCAGAAGUCGAGGACCGCUCAGUGUGGAGUGAAGAAUCUAACAUCACAGUGUAUACCAAACCUUCUAAAGUGUCCAGCCUGAAUGUUUCUGACAAUACCAAUCACUCAGUGUUUGUCCACUGGGGGCAACCUGAAGGAAACUUCACAGGUUUCUUGGUGAAGGUUCUGAACAGCGCUGAUGAGAUAUUGUUUAAUGACACGGUGGACCGAACUGUGCGUGAGUUACCAGUAGAAACCCUGCCGAUGGGCACCAGGAUCACCAUUGUAGUGACUGCUCUGGCUAAUGUUAGUCUGGAGGGAGACAACACAACCAUCACCACGUACACUGCCCCGGGACCGAUUUCAAACCUGAUUGCGACCACAAGCAAUAGCUCCCUUACAGCCAGCUGGGCCUUCGAUGAGGGGAAUUAUUCACAUUUUGCUGUCAGGCUUUGGUUGGAUGGGACACAGGAAGAAGCAGAAUGUAACGAAACAAAAAAAACUACGGUGACAUUUGAUGAACUGAAGACUGCAGCCAAUUACACUGUAGAUGUCCACGCUGUUAGUGGACAUCUCCAAGGCCCGUCAAUGAAAGUCUCCAAGUUUACCUUGCCAUCUCCACCGACAAAUGCCAAUGCCACUUUUGUCAACAAAAGCGCAAUCACCUUUACCUGGACCCCCCCUAAGAACAUAGCAAAAGCCACGUACCUUGUUGAACUCAACUCCACCUUCUAUAGUCAGAGUUGGUCUGACAAGAUCAUUGACGAAACCAGCUAUACUUUUUCUAACCUGACAUCAGGAACCAAAUACUGUUUUGAAGUGCUUGUAUUGGGAGGUGAACAGGAAAGUUCCCCAGCAAGCAGGUGUACUGUGACAGAAACCGAGGAAAGGCAAAUCAGCUUGUCGAUGCUGUGCUCUUCUGCAGAAACUCUCCUCUGUGAUAACAGCACCACAAGGACACGUGUUUUCAAACAGUUGAAAGAUCAUUUCUCCGAGCUGUUGAAGGACGACAUUGUUUGGACCCUGGAGGCAACUGAAGUAUAAAAAACUAUAUCUGUUUUAUAAAUGUGUUGGUGAAGGCAUAUCUCCUGUCAUGUUGUUUUUUUCUGGCCAACUUUUUGCGCCGCAUAUAAAAAAGGAUACAUGCAUUGAUUCAAUAAUAAUAAUCAAAAUACUGUUCAUAUCUUAAUCAUGUGUUACAUUUCUCUUAGUUUAUUUGCGUUUUUCCUUCAUCUGAACAUAUGUUCCAUUUACUAUUAUUAUGUUUUGUUGUUGCAAACUUUAUUUCUACAACACGUUUCAAAACCAAGUUGCAAAGUGCUUUACAAAAACAUGCAAAAAUAAAACAUUAUAAAACACUUAAAAUAGUACACAAAUGCCUAUCUGUCCAGGUUUUUACAGUUUGACUCAGCUGUUCUCAUUGUAAGGAGGGAUUUGUUUUGCAGUGCUAAAACAGCUGAACCAUGGUCCCCAUUUGCUUUAAACCUACACCAUAAAUUUUAGAUUAUUAUUAUUCAGGACAAUAAAUAAAACAAAUGCACUGCAAAAACUCCAAAUCUUAUAAAGUGUUUUUGUGUUAUUUUUAGUCAAAAUGUCUCAUCUCACUUGAUUUAAGAUAAAUUCUCUUAGCAAGUGACAUUCUAGCAAGAUGGAGGGACUUCUUUUAAUACAACACAGCUUAAAUAUUUUGUUAAGUCAAAAAAUCCUGAAUUGAUCUUGUUUUGAGUUGAGUUUAACCCUCAUGUUGUCCUGCGGGUCAACUUAACCUGUUUAAACGUCUGAAAAUGUGGGGGGGAAAACCAUAUUUUCACAGUGAAACUUCUGAUGUCCACAAAUUUUCAACGUUUUUGGGAACUCUUUAAACAUUUUUUGGUGAAAAAAAGAGAAAUGUUAAAAAUGUUUAAUAAGAACAUUCACAAAAAAUCGUUUUCUUGCCAAAUUUGAGGGAUUUUUUUUUUAAAUAAAAAUUUUAAGGGAAUCUUUUAAGGAAUUAUUGGAGUUUUCUUCCUGAGGUUUUGCAAAUUUUCAUAAAUUUGGGGAUUUUUUUGCUGAUUUUUUUUUUCAGACAAGGAAACAAUAUUUUUUGUUUCCCAUAAAUGAAGACAGCAGGAGGGUUAAAACAUCUCAAAUUAGGAGGUUACAUGAAAGCGAAAAUCUAUUUUCGAGUGAAAAGCUGCUUCUUUUUUUUUCUUUUUUUUUUUUUAAACAUAUCUGGCUUAUUUUAAGACACCUAAGCUUAACAAUCCUGGUAAAAUGUAACUUAAAAUAAGUUUUCCCAGCUAAUUUUAAGAUCUCAAUAUUCUAAAUAUCACAUCUUAUUUCAAGAAAUCUUACUAAGCCAUUUUUCACUUGUUCUAUUGGCAGAUUUUUUUUUCCACUUAUUUCAAAGUAAAAGCUCCUGCAAAAAAAUUUUUUCUUGUUUUGAGAGGGGAAUUUUUUACAGUGUAAACUUUUGUGUCAGUGCACUAUGAGGAACUAAGAAAAAGCAAUAGAUUGAUACACUCAAAAUUGGAUGUACUAGAUUUAAAAUUACAAGCCAGUAGGAGGUCAGAUCUCAGUUUUAUUUGUUUCAUAAUGAUUUAAUCUAUUUUUCUUUUCAUGGUGUGGAAUAUUUAUGACGGAUGUUUUAAAUAAAUGUAUUCAAAACUC